AUGAUGACCAUGACUACGAUGGCUGACGGUUUGGAAGGCCAGGACUCGUCCAAAUCCGCCUUCAUGGAGUUCGGGCAGCAGCAACAGCAGCAGCCGGGGCGGCGUGACAAUGCUUCCAAACGCUUUAAGGGCUUUGGGGAUACCCUGGAUAGGCCAGAUCAACAAAAAACCACAGUGAUUGAAAACGGAGAAAUCAGGUUCAAUGGAAAAGGGAAAAAGAUUCGGAAGCCCCGGACCAUUUAUUCCAGCCUACAGCUACAGGCUUUAAACCAUCGCUUCCAGCAGACACAGUACCUGGCCCUACCCGAGAGAGCUGAACUGGCAGCUUCCUUAGGACUGACUCAAACACAGGUGAAGAUAUGGUUUCAGAACAAACGCUCUAAGUUUAAGAAACUGCUGAAGCAGGGCAGUAACCCGCACGAGAGUGACCCCCUGCCGGGCUCGGCCGCCCUGUCGCCGCGCUCGCCCGCGCUGCCUCCGGUGUGGGACGUUUCUGCCUCGGCCAAGGGCGUCAGUAUGCCGCCCAAUAGCUACAUGCCCGGCUAUUCGCACUGGUACUCCUCUCCACACCAGGACACGAUGCAGAGACCACAGAUGAUGUGA